AUGGCACAAGCAAACAAGAAAAUAAAGUUCGUGUCGUUGAUAUCACGAAAGGAUGUACCAUUGUAUAUUCAAUCGUUUGAUAUUGGACCAAUGGAUUCAGAAAAUCCCCAAAAUGCCAACAAAUACCUUAAAUACAACUUCUUAUCACAUAUGGCUUUGGACAUAUUUGCAUCUCCGUCUUCUACCAGUCUACGUGAACAACAGCAGGAUAUGGAGGAAAAUGGAGGGGCAAUUCUUUUGUUUAUUCAGGAUGAUAUAACUGUGUAUGGAUACGAAACCAAUACCGGGUUGAAAAUAAUAGUUGGUCUAGGAAUGAGCCAAGCAGUACCCGAAGACAAACGAGAUGACAAUAAAAGCUCACCAACUCCCGAAUCGAAGGACUCCGCUCAAGAAUCCACUAAAGAAUCUGCUAAGACUCCGCUGUCUACAAAAAAACCAAUGAAAUUGAAGGAUUUAUUUUCCCAAUUACACAAGUCCUAUAUACAUAUAAUUUGUAAUCCCUUCACUAAUUUGUCAGGUAGUUUGGCCGAUAACGAGACUAUAUUGCAGUCGGCGAAGUUUGACAAAAGCAUAAGCAAAAUCGUGGAUAGCUGGAAUGGUAUAUAA